UGGCCAAUAUGCAAUAUUCACACUGCAACUGUCAGAGAGAAAUGAGAAACCAUCUAUUGUAGGUGGUUGACACAUUUGCAGGUUAGGUGUUUUGAACUGAAGUAUUUACGUAUAUUUUAUUACAUAGAAUGGCAUUUUUUUUACAUCCAAAUAUUGUGCGGUACAACUGCACUUGUGGUUCUUUGAAACCCAUUUCCAGAAUAUAUUUUUGUAGGCACUGCUUGAAAAUAAGGUGUGGCUAUUGUGUAUGUCAUGAGGCAGACUCUCACUAUUGUGCUAACUGCUUAGAGAUAUUGCCAUCGUCUGAGGCUCGUCUAAAGAAAAAUCGAUGUGCUGCUUGCUUAGAUUGCCCAAGCUGCUUGAAUACUGUGUCUACUCGGUCAACAAAUAUAACUGUACAAAAUCCUGAUGACCCAAAUAAGACUGUGACUCGGAAAGCAUAUUAUUUGGCAUGUGGUUUUUGUAGAUGGACUUCGAGGGAUGUUGGACUUCCAGAUCAGACAGUUGCAAGUGGAGGUUGGCCAGAGAGGGAGCAUGCCCAUGCUGCUCGAAUAAGCUCACUUCUAGAACAUUACAAGGUUCUAGCAUUACGAGAGAGGCAAGAGAGGGAAAGGAAGAAGUUUACACCUCGUCGUAGUUACUUACAUUUCUCUGACAAGUUUGGUUUGACAGCAGUAAUGGCACGCAAGAGAGCAGGCUUGCCACCAUUGGGUGGUUUAGGGAUUAAAGAUGAGGCAGGAAGCAUUCUUGAAUUGACUCCUUCAGUGGCAUCUGAGGAGGUGGAUUCACUUCCUGCAGAAAUCUAUACCAAGCCAAUAAACCUUGCACACGUGGCAACACUUUCACAACGCCUGGCACAGCCUGAAUUCCAGACCGAACUGGUAUCCAAUCUGUUCCCAGCUCACAAACACCUCAUGAUCAAGAGGUCACAACGAUGUCGCAGCUGUGAACAUAAUGUCAGUAAGCCAGAGUAUAACCCUGGCUCCAUCAAGUUCAAGAUUCAGCUGGCAGCUUAUUACUAUGUUCCGGAGAUACGUGUUGUGACUUGUGAGCCGCUGCGUAUUGGUCAAGAGUGUCAGCUGAUCAUCAAACUGUGCAACCCAACUCAGCACCAGACUGCCAUUGAGUUCCUCCCACUUCCUUCUGCAGAAGAGGAUUUGGAGGAACGGCACAAGGAAAUAGAAGAAAAGAAGGAAAAACAGGCUGAAAAAAAGAAUGCAGAGAAAACAUCACAAGGUCGAGAUGAUGUAAGCGUACUUCUGCCAUCAUUGUCAUUGUCACGGCAGUUAUCCGUCUCCGAGGAUCCGCAUCCUGCGACUGUGAAGCUUACUGGUGAAGUAAUUUUGCCAUCUUCAUCUGUAUUACUUCCACCGAGAGACGAUGCUGCCGAGUACGAUGACGCAGGGGACACUUACCACUUUCAGGAUAACCCCAAGGUUGUGGUGUGGCGUAAAGCAAACAAGGCUGCUGUGAAGAUGGUGGUUGUUCCUCAGGAUUCUGCUACAGAAACGAGAGAGGUCCUCAUAGGCUUUGUGAUGAAGUAUACAUAUGUAAAUACUAUGGCCUCAUUAGAGCAGAAGGAACCACAGAAGGUUGACCUGAAAGUCAAAGUAUUCAUUAAUGUUGGAAAGACUGUUGGCUCUUGCAUCUAAAUAUAGAAGUAUAUAUUAAAAAAAACCUUCAGGCUCGAAUAAAAUUUGUAUGAAAUAUUUUACCAAAGUGCUUCAACUCCUUAUAAAAGUUGGAAUGUCAGAAUAUGCUAAUUAGUAGUUUGCACUGAAAGCUGUCUUCUGAAUAGUUGCGCCAUGUAGUCUGGUAAACUUCUACCAGACUACAGGGCACAACAACCAAGAAGAUCCCAAUUAACACUAACCUUUAAUCAAGGAUUAUUAUUAGCUUAUUAACUAUAUCUAAUAUUUUACCAAAGUCACUGCUAAUAUGUAGGUUAAUUUAUUUUAUACAUGUUGUAUUACAUGUAAGUUUUAAGAUAUUUAAUUCAUAGGCAGGAGAAAGUUGCAGCUCUGAAUUUUUUUUAAUAAUAUACAAUUGUUAAGACAGCCCAUAAAUUAUCAGAAUAAGGACAGGUAAAUAUGUCUGAUGACAACAUUAGAAAAAGAUGGAAACAUGUUUAUUUUCUAUUUACCCCAAAAAAGUUUUCAGCAAAUUAAAAUUGGAAUGUUAAGAAAUGUAAGAUUUUUUUUUAAAGCAGGUUGGGUCCAGUUUCUUUCAUAAGGUAUGUUUCAAACGAUGGAGACUGUCUUCAGAAAUCAAGUUCACUCAUUACUUAUAUUAACCUUUAUCACAGGCAGUUGGUUCAUGUGUAAGCAGUGAAGGUUAACAUUUGUGAUAUUAAAUGUAAUUGCUGUUUUCUGUUGCAGAAUCUGGUAACAGCUGUUUAAUGUCAGUCACUUUAUUGUUUCCAUUAUAAUAAAAGUUACUUAAAGAUGU